AUGAUUCCAUCAGAAAUCCAAGAAAUGAACUACUUCACCCACCAAAUCCCCACAAUCUUCCCACCCAACUUUAACAUAAUCCAAAACAACUCGUUCCCAAACAGCCUUCCAUAUCACCAGGCCUUAAUUCCCGGGCCCCACGAGUUCAGCACUAACAAUACUUACAUAAGCAGCAACUCGACCUCCGAUGAAGCCGACGAUCACCAGCUCAGCAUUAUAGACGAAAGAAAGCAAAGGAGAAUGAUUUCCAACAGGGAAUCUGCCCGGAGAUCAAGAAUGAGAAAACAGAGGCAUCUAGAUGAGCUUUGGUCCCAAGUUGUUCGCCUCAGGACCGAAAAUCAUAACCUUAUAGACAAAUUAAACCAUAUGUCCGAGAGUCACGAAAGGGUUGUUCAAGAAAACACGAGGCUGAAGGAGGAAACUUCCGACCUUCGCCAGAUGCUUAUGGAUCUUCAGAUAAGCAAUUCUUACGACAUUUUGAGGGAUUUCGAGGGUAUUUCAUGCAACACGGCUCACCUCAAACCGGAGUCCUCGGACCAGUCCGUGACCACUUUGCUUCAUUGA